AUGCAACGUGGAGAACUGGCAACUCCAUUCGAUCAACAUCUUUUGGACGUGUAUGCAGGACGGACAUCGGAUGGUCUUGCAUUCUUUGAAGAGCAUGGCUACUUUGAUGUGAGUGAUGCUGCCAACACGGUGCAAAUGUUUCGUGAGAACGUCGGCAUGAACGAGUUCUGGGACGAUUGCAAAAGUCUCGAUAAACACGACCCGUUCGAGCGGGCAACAGUGUAUCCCUUCGGCUCGAAAAGCAAAGUGCCAAGUAGCCGCAUGCGCAGUGUGCUGCACCGGACCAAUUCUGAACGAUUCACGCUGCAAGAUGAGGACGGGAACCCGAUGACAGAGAACGAUUUGCUUGAGAUGGAGCGCGAGUACCGUUUCAAGGUCAAGUUCUUUGAACUAGAUGAUGAUGACGAAGCCGAGUUCGAAACCGAGUUGGUAUGCAUGAAGGAAGCAAUUGAGGUGAUUCGUGUUGAGAAAUAUCACGUUCAAAAAGUUCUUUUUCGAGCACUUAAACAGGAAGACCCUGAGGAAGUAGCAGCUAGUCCUGACGAUCGAUACACAACAGCCGAGUUCAUCGAUUUUUUGCCCAUAUCCUCUCAAGUUGCACAGUUGGAUCUGCCACCUUACUGCGGUAAUUUGUUUAUCCUUCGCGAGUCCAUUGCACUACUUCGACGCAGCUGGAGCAAGCGCUGGUGUAUACUGGACUUCUGGUCGUUUAAAGUUAGGCUGUACAAAAGGAGCUAUUGGCGGCGUCUUCGAGGCGAGCUGGAUUUACGUCUAGCGACAAAGAUCGAGAUGAUGGGACAUGGUGGCUUCCGCAUUGAAUUCCUGGGCGGAAACGUGGUCUGUAUGAGGUCAAGAAAUGAAAGAGAGAUAGCAACCUGGGUGCAGCUUAUGCGCUUUGCCGCGGAAAUGGUACGGGGCAACGCAAUGAGACUUCCCGAGAUCUCCAGCAGCAAGAGGCUGCUAAGAUGCAGCAUAGGUUUCUGA